AAUAUUCAGAAGUCCCAUCAUACACUUCACUCGAAUGAUCGCAGCAUGCUGGCAAGGACUCUUGGGAUUGCCGACGAUUCGGCUUCGUUGCUCAUAGCAGGAGAAAGAUGUCUUUAGCAAGUCUCCUUCCAGCACCGCUGCAUGUGCCUUAUCGCGAAAGAGAUGAAGACGAUGACUUAGAGAAAGCUUACAAAGAGUUAAAGGUAACAGCUUUUAAGAAAGAGCCUCCUCCAUAUGGAAAAAGACAGGGCUGGAUUCCAAGAAAGUUGGAGGACUUUGGUGAUGGUGGUGCUUUUCCUGAAAUUCAUGUGGCACAGUAUCCUCUGGACAUGGGGCGAACAAAAAAGCCUGCUUCAGGAACAAAUGCUCUACCAGUGCAGCUUGAUUCAAAAGGCAGAGUGAAGUAUGAUGCUCUUGUUAAACAGGGACAUGGCAAAGAUAAGGUUGUACACUCCAGAUUCCAAGACUUAGUUCCUGUACAUUUAAAAGAUGAAGGUGAUCCAGACUUAGAAAGACCAUCAGAGGAAGAUAUUGAAGAGACAACCAGGAAAACAAGAGAAGCUCUGGAAAAAGAAGUUACAACAAAAAUUGCUGCAGCACAGCCCACCCAAGUUGCUCAGAAGCCACAGGCAGCCCAGUACAUCAGAUACACACCUUCCCAGCAAGGAGUAGCUUUCAACUCUGGUGCUAAACAGCGAGUCAUAAGAAUGGUGGAGAUGCAGAAAGAUCCUAUGGAGCCACCAAGAUUUAAAACAAACAAGAAGAUCCCUAGGGGACCCCCCUCACCUCCUGCACCAGUAAUGCACUCACCAAGCAGAAAGGUGACUGUGAAAGAACAGCAGGAGUGGAAGAUCCCUCCCUGUAUUUCCAACUGGAAGAAUGCCAAGGGGUACACCAUCCCUCUUGACAAACGUCUAGCCGCAGAUGGGCGUGGUCUUCAAGACCCCCACAUCAAUGACAAGUUUGCAAAGUUGGCUGAAGCACUGUACAUAGCAGACAGAAAGGCUCGGGAAGCUGUUGAAAUGAGAGCUCAGCUGGAAAAGAAGGUUGCACAGCGAGAGAAGGAGAAGAAAGAGCAGAAGUUGGCGGCGCUGGCCAAGCAAGCGAGGGAAGAACGAGCUGGCAUCAGAGCUACUGCAGAGCGAUCUGGAGAGGAGAGAGAAAGGGACCAGCUUCGUCAUGAACGACACAAGGAGAGAGAAAGAGAUCGUAGAAUCUCUAAAGCUGCACCUGAUAAAAGGUCCAAACUUCAGCGUGACAAAGAGCGCGACAUAAGUGAGCAGAUUGCAUUAGGCCUGGCUUCUGCUCCUCCCUCACAGGAAGCAAUGUUUGAUCAGCGAUUAUUUAAUCAAAGCAAGGGCCUGGACUCCGGAUUCGCUGGAGAUGACGAUGGAUACAAUGUGUACGACAAGGCCUGGAGACGAGAGGGCAGCACAGCCAAUGCAAUCUAUAGGCCGAGCAAGAAUGUGGACCGCGAUGUUUAUGGAGAUGAUCUGGAAAAACUGGUUCAAACAAGCAGGUUUCAGCCUGACAAGGGAUUUGCUGGCACAGAUCGUGGUCAGCGGCGUGACGGGCCAGUUCAGUUCGAAAAGGAAGAGGAGGAUCCUUUUGGUUUGGACAAGUUUCUUACAGAGGCUAAAAAAGGAAAGAGGCCGUUAGACGAACCCUCCAGAUCAAG